AUGAAAAGUAUGACUGAAGGAAAAUUAAGUGAAGAUGAGAUUGCGUUGUACGAUAGACAAAUUCGUCUUUGGGGAAUGGCAGCACAAGCCAAUAUGAGAUCAGCAAAGGUUUUGCUUAUCAAUCUUGGAGCCAUUGGCUCUGAGAUCGCCAAGAGCAUUGUACUUAGUGGUAUAGGACAUUUAACAAUAUUGGAUGCACACAAAGUGACGGAAGAAGACUUGGGCUCUCAAUUUUUCAUUGGCUCUAAAGAUGUUGGCCAGUGGAAAAUCGAUGCUGCGAAGGAAAGAGUUCAAGACUUAAACUCUCGUGUAGAGCUCAAAUUUGAUAAGCAGUUCUUCCAAGAGAAAGAUGAAAAGUUUUUCCAACAUUUUGAUUUAGUCGUGGCAACGGAAAUGAAGGCUGAUGAUGCAGUCAAACUCAAUGAGUUGACCCGAAAGUUGAAUAUUCCGUUGUAUGUUGCUGGUUCUAAUGGAUUAUUUGCUUAUAUUUUCAUUGAUUUGAUUGAAUUUAUUUCGGAGGAUGAAAAGUUACAAAGUAUAAGGCCUACUGUCGUUGGUCCCAUUUCAAAUAAUCGAAGUAUCAUUGAAAUUACCACUAGAAAAGACGAAGAAGAUGGAAAAAAAACCUACGAACGCAUUAAGAUCAAAAAUUGCUACACGUCAUUGAAAGAAGUGCUAAAGGGAGCAACAUUAAACGAAAAACUGACAAGAAGGCAAUUGAAACGGGUCACCAGCAUCUUACCAUUAACAUUGUCUUUAUUACAACACGAACUGAAGCAGAAGAGCAAAACUAUAAACGUCGAACAAAUGAAAAUGGAUGCGGCUGUAUGGUGUAAACAACUAGGUAUUCCGACGUCAGUUUUGACUGACGAAUAUACACAACAAUUCAUAAAGCAAAGAGGCAUUGAAUUUGCCCCUGUAGCGGCUAUUAUAGGGGGCGCCGUUGCUCAAGAUGUCAUAAAUAUCCUAGGUAAAAGAUUGUCUCCAUUAAGCAACUUCAUUGUUUUUGACGGUAUUACUUUAGAUAUGCCACUUUUUGAAUUCUAA